AUGAUCAAACGACAAACGAAGUAUCUUGGUAUCAUCCGUGUAUACAUACCUGCUUCCGUUCGCAACGAGACAAUACAUGUACCAUUCACACUAGAAGAAAAUCGAUACUGCACUCUUGAUCAAGUACUCAGCAUAGCACCUACUCACCUCCAUCUCGCUCAGACCGACAUCAUGAGUGAAAAUUCUGUUCAAGAUGCAGCUCUGAUCUUCAUACCUAUCCUAUUCAUGACUUUUCAGAUGGUGGUGAUUUCAGCGUUGGCGCUCGUAGCUGGAGAUGCUCGCUACAGUUCGAGGGAUACUCGCGGGGUUAGCACUAGGGAAGAAGGAGAGAAGAGGGUCGGAUGCGUUGUUGUUAAGCAGGUGCAUACGUGUACAGGGGAAUGUGUGCGGUGUAGGACUGGCGGUGUGGAAGAUGUUUUGUGGGAGAGGGAGAGGGAGAGGGAAAGAGAGCGAGAGGAAAGGGAACGGCGAGAAAGAGCGGAUAAAAGGAGAGGGGGAAUAUGGAAGGUCAUGGAGGGGGUGUUGAGGAGAGUUGAUAGCGAGGAUGGUAAGGACCUGCCCGAACAGGAAACGGAGGAGUAUCCAGAUUUCCCAGCCCAUGAAGAUGCUCGGUCGGAACCACCACUUUCCUUCUUCAAUGGCUUAUACGUGCCAGAUUGCGGAGGUGUGAAAACAAAACGGUACCAGGAUCGGCAGUUCUUCCAACGGGAUGAUAAGUCGUUCGAGGAUGAGGCAGCGAGACGUGGUAUCUCACGAGAUCCAUACAUAGGGGUUGAUCGGCGGCGGAAGCAUCAGUGCUCUGCCUCAAGAUAG